AUGAGUAAAACGACAAAUAUUGUUUGGUUACAAAAUAAUCAAGACGAAUCUAUACCAAAUGAAUUACGUUCAUAUAUUGCUCUAUUUUCUAGUGAAGAUGCUUGUUAUCAAUUUAUAUCAUCAUUACCAAUAAAAUUACGUGGUUUAACACUUGUUGUUACUAACUCAACAAUAUCAAUAGAUCGCCUUAUACAAUUAAAACAAAUCUCAACUAUUUAUAUUCUUUCAUCGUCAAAGUCAAAUAUAAAACAUUCUUCAAAAAUUCAUGGAAUUUUUCAUGAUUAUCAAUCAUUAAUAAAUCAAAUAGUUUCAGAUUUAAAUCGAACAAAAUCAUUACCACCUGGAUUUAUAAAUGGUAUUGCAGCACCAUUUCAAGGUUUUUAUUUUAUUCUAACACAUCCAUCAACAUGGACACGUGCACUUGUACCUGCAUUCAUAUUUACUAUACUUCUUUUUGCUUUUGCCAUACCUGGAGUAUGGGGAAUGUAUUUAUUUACAAAUCGUUUAAUUCAACAACAUACAUCACGUUGGAUCUAUUUUGGUAUAUGGUUACUGCGUGUUGUACUUUAUAUAGUUGCAAUAUUUCUUUCAUUAAUUCUUGCAUUUAUAACAGCCCAACCAUUAAGUGCACCAGCACUUGAAAGUCUUGUUCGAGCUCAAGAACAUCAUUUAAAAUAUCCGAAUCGACCUGAAGAAGCAUUUUGUUCCAGUGUAUGGAGAAGUAUUCGUGUAGCUAUUGUUUCAAUUUUAACGUCAUUAUGUAUAUUUACUUUGUUAACAUUGACAGAAUUCUUUUUUCCACCACUUAUUAUUAUAACAACUCCAUUAAAGUUUAUUGUAACCGGUUUUAUUCUUGCUUAUGAUAUUAUUGAUUAUCCAUUAUCAUUACAUUUAUUUGGUAUACGAGAACGUACACCAUGGUUUAGACAUUAUAUAUGGGCAACACUUGGUUUUGGUAUAGCCAUCGAAGUUAUUUUUCUUAUACCAGGAGCUUUUCUUCUUUUGUUACCAGCAGGUGUUUGCGGUGCAACAAGAAUUGUUGUUGCAGCUGAACGAGCACAGAUCGAUCGACCCUUGUUACUUAUAGAUGAUCUUAUGUAA